AUGUGGGCAAUCUCUAGAUCUUCUUGCGAAGUCUAGAGAUCAAUGAAGUGGGUCGUCGAAUCGUCUCUGACGGCUGUCACCUGGCGGAGCGGAAAAACGGUGACUUUGCAGCUCUCUGGUGGUUGUCACCUGACGGAGAGGAGUUGGAUGGAGGUGGGGCGCGUGUCAGAGAACUUCAUCCUCAAGUCCGUGCAGCAAGAGGAGGCUCUUCAUCACAUCUAGUACACUCUUAGGAGGUGGCAACUCGUCUCCUGGUGGAUCGUCCUCUUCUCGACGACGGCUUGUUUGUCAAUCAAUUAGAGAUGAUUUACUCAAUGGAUUCGCAAUCCUUUUAUCGCGAAUCGUUCAACAAUUUUAGUAGCAAUGCUCCACAAAUCACGUUGACGAGAUUUUUGCCAAUGAUCCAACGAUUCUCGUUGCUUAAUCCUUCACCAAUGAUCUGCAGGAAAGUCACGAUAAUCAGAUAAGAAUAUAUGAAUUUUGACUCUAGGAGGAUUCGAACCCGCGCCGGUUGCCUGCCUUUGAGGAAGGUGUGACACGAGUUUAGUCCCACAUCGGUUGUGUGGCGAUUUUUCGAGCGAAUAUAUAGUAAUGUUAGCUUUCUCAACAAAGCCCUUUCUCUCGUGUGUACGACCACUCCUUGCCCCACAGCCAGCUGGCCACUGGUGACGCGGAAGGGGAGUGGCACACAUGUGUCCCUAUCAGUCCAAGUUAAGUCGCUCGAGCUUCUACUCGCGGCUGCUCCUUAACUGCGCUUCCGACCCACUUGCGGGCCCGGCUGGCCGGCGGGUCCCCCCAUUUUGCAAUAUUUUUAUUUUUAUUUCUUGUUCUUCAUUUAUCUCAAAAGUAAGAUUGUAAAAAUCAUAUAAAAUCACAUAAUUACCCAAAAAUUCACAUUAAUCAACUAAAAACCACAAAUCAUACUUUAACACAAAUAUAAGUCUAUUUAUCAUGAGUUAAGGCUAAAACUAUAUUAUUUACUAAUUAUUAACUCAUGAUAAUUAAGACUUAUCAACACCUAACUCUUGUAACAAAGGGAAGACAAUCUAAUGCCUUUAUUUCUAGCAUAUGAGAAUUGGCAUAUGAAAUAUAUGACAUAAUGUGAUGAGUUAAUCUUGUGAAUUUGAAUAGUUGUUCUCUUGAUGAGCAUAAUGGAAACCAAGGUUAAGACCCUAGAUAAGUAGACAUAGGUUAAGGAAGUCCAAAGCCAAGAUAGAAAAAGGUUAUUCAUAUUGGCAAUAAGUAAUUUUUCAACCCAAGUAAUUGAAUGCACUUAUUGCAAUCAAAGGUAAAUCAGUGAAACUGGAACAAAUGUAGAAAAGUUAAAAAUAAAAAAAAUAUUCUCCCCUUUCUUAAUGCAUAUUCUAGCCUAUUUUGAGACCAAAAAAAGUUGUAUUUUAAUUUUUAUGAAGAAGUGAGUUGAUUCACCUAAAGCAAGUGUUUUUGGGCAUUAAAAUUUAUCACUUUAAAAUAAAAUAAAUAAAUAAUAAAAGUGCUGUAAUAUUGCAACCUAGUGAUGAGGUAAAAAGACCAAGUCACCCAUUUUCUUUGUCUUCUUGUAGUUUUCUAAAACAUACAUGAUGGAGAGCAAAAAAUAGAUAAAAAGAUGAAAAAUAGGUACAGUAGAAAAAAGGCAUAAUUUAAGGCAAUGCACAAGAAGAGUUAAUCUCUUAAGAGCACAAGUGCAUAUUAGUCAUGUUUAGUAAUGACAAGCCAAUUAAAUCACUAUCACUCAAUGAAAUGGAGCAACAAUAAUUCUCAUUAAUUACAAGAACCACACAUGGCUAAUGAUAACUCUCAUUAGUUACAUAAUAAUUUUUUACUAUUUUAAAGUUUAUUAUUUAAUUUUGCAGAAAUAUUUUAAAUUAUUUUAAUAUAGAAAAAAUAAUAUUAAUCUUAUUUAUAUGAUUAUAUUGUUAGUCUAGAAAUUACAUGAUGAAAUUGGCCAAGAAACAUUCUGAUAGCUUUUACCAAUGAUUAUUAUUAUUUUUAUCAAAAUGCUUCAAUGUUAAUUGUAUUUAUUUCUGAUUUUUCCUGAAUUUCUCUGAAUUUUAUGAGCUUAUUAUGAUAAAUAAUAAUAUAAUAAUAAAAUUAAAAUAUAAAACUAAUUUCUUUUUUUAGGUUUACUACAUCAAUGAUGGACAUAAAGGAUAUAGGGAGAAUAAUAGCAGAUGAUUCAAUAAAAUCGACAGAACUAAUGCAUAAGAAGAUGAAAAAUAUUGGAGAAGAAAGAAUAAGGCAUUUUCGAUCAAGCUAUCACUCUCUAUAAUCAUUUUCUCUCUCCUCUAACAAUGAUGAAUGUUGAAUUCACCUAAAUCAUUCAUUUGAUGCAAAGGAUAGAUUUUGUCUAGAUUUCUCCUUGAUUCAAGCACUCAGAAGCUAAAAUUCAUCCACAAACUCAUUCCAUUCUUCACUUGAUACAAACGAAGAAGAAUUUCUUCUGAGGUUCCUUCUCUAGAUCCUCAGAAGAAAUUGUUGAACCACCAAAGUCAAUCAGUUCUAACAAGUGACAAUUGUUGGGAUUGUCAUUCAUCAAUUGGAGAUUGUGUAGGCAUCCAUCCAUUGCACCACUCCUAUAGAAAUCAAUUGAAUUUGGUGAAAAUUCAAUUGAUGAUCAUUCCACCCAUUCUUUUGAAAAACUUGAAUCUUUGCAUAAUUUUUAAUUUUUUUAAUUUAUAAAAAGUUUGAUUCAAUUCUACAUCAUGUUAAGAAUAAUUUCUUCUUUUAAAUAAAAGAUUAAAUAAAUUUAUUUGGCUUUGAUUUUGAGAAAUAAGAGUUGAUAUAUUUUUGGCAAGUCAAAUUUGGGGGUGUUUUUCAUGGGCUGAUCUCUGCUAACACCAUAAUAACUAAUUUAUUUUCUUUAAUUAUUUUUUUAUUAAUUUUCACAAUUAAAAAUUCUAAAAACCAUAUAUAAAUUGGCUUAUUUGACUAACUAAUUUUUUUAUCUUGUGUUGACUUGCAGAACCCAUAUAAAAUUAAAUUAUUCUAAAUUGGCUUAUUUUCCAGCAUUUAUAAACUAUAAAUUUGCUGAAUUUUCUUUACAAUGAUUAAAAUUAUUCAGACAUGAAGCAUGUAAAAUAUUUAGAAUAUUAUCUUUAAAUUGAUCAUUUGUUUUUUGCAAACAUAUUUAAACAAUUUACUACCAAUUGGCACACAUCAUAUGGUUUGCUUAGGUUCUAACAUUAAUAUUGCCCUCAUUACCCAAGAUAACAUGAGUCAAUCACUAAAUUCAGUUUUUUAUGCACUACUUGUAUGACAUGUUUUUGUUAACUACUUGAUUCUGGAUAUAUAUUUAAGAUAAAUUUUAUUGAACUCUCCUUCACUCACUUGGGAAGAGAGAGAGAAUAGAUGGAUGGCAAAGGAGAACUUUGAGACUGGUGACCAAAGUAGGGCAUCUACACAAGAGAGAGGUCUAGCAAAUGGCUGUGACAUGAUCAAGGUGGAAGUGUCAUGCCAAUGAGAAAGGGGUUCGACUAGAGGAGUUAGGAGACAGCCCAUAGACCAGAGGACACUGGCAACUCGCUUGCCUGACACUUGUUUGCGCCAUGGGGAUCCUUUACCUCCAUCAUAAAUUAAAACUAGUUUCAUAAAAAAACAGUGCAUCUUCUAACAGUAAAUAUGGGUUUUGAAUGAUAAGAUGAUGAUCAGAAUAUAUGUUACAUGAAAUAAACACAUGAUAGGUGACGCGACUCAGUCGUUGUAUGUUAAAUCACGCAAAUUUAAAAUUUAUAAAACUAGAAAAUACGAAUUUUCGGAUAUUUAGAAGUAUUUCAAAAUAAACAGAUCAAUUAUAAUUCAAUAAAAAUCUCAAAAAAAGUGGUAAUUUUCCAGGUCGAUCACAGGGAUGUAAUAUAAUAUCUGGUAAUUAUUCAGAAUUUUUCUCAAUGAGUACAAUUUUCUUACGAAUUUUAUACUAGGAAAUAAAAGGGAAAUAUAUUUAAAAUUCACAAAAAAAAGGAAAUAAGGGUGCGGACGUCAAGAUGACGUCAGCGCCCGGCGAACGCGAAUCAGGCGGAAACAGAGUUCCGCCCGGCGAUUCUUACGUAGGCGAUUACAGACGACUCAAUUAAUCAAAUUAAGAUCUGUAAAAGCCGGAAGAAUCGUAGUUGAACGAAGUAUAGUUUGGUAAAUAAAAAUCAACAAAGUAUCACUAAAUGAAGCGUAAAUUAAAUUGAAAGCAGGAAAACAGAGUUCCGGCGUCGCGACGGCGAUGCGUCGGCGAUGCACCGGAAUCCUGAGCGUUCGGGAGGAUCGUCGUGCAGUGUCCAUGGCCUCGAAGGCUCUCCUUGGACAAAGACGACGUGGGCAAUCUCUAGAUCUUCUCGUGAAUUCUAGAGAUCAAUGAAGUGGGUCGUCGAAUCGUCUCUAGCGGCUGUCACCCGACGGAGCGGAAAAACGGCGACUUUGCGGCUCUCCGGCGGCUGUCACCCGACGGAGAGGGGCUGGAUGGAGGUGAGGCGCGUGUUAGGGAGCUUCAUCCUCAAGUCCGCGCAGCAAGAGGAGGCUCUUCAUCGCAUCUGGUACGCUCUCAGGAGGUGGCGACUGGUCUCCUGGCGGAUCGUCCUCUUCCCGACGACGGCUUGUUCGUCGAUCAAUCGGAGAUGA